AUGGCAGCAACACACGCACAGUGUGCCAUGUACCCAGGCUUCUCAACGUCCUUCGGCAAGGCCCUUUGCGUCCAUAGAAUAACCACAGAGAUCCUCCUCAUAUUCACCUCUACUCACAUCGUCGACUUCGUUCAGAUCACAACUCCUUGA